AGUGAUUCACUGUAGAUGUUCCAGGUGUUUUUCUUUCCCUUCAAAGCGAAGGAUAAGAAAACGGCCUCGAGUCCUGACGUUGUUAAGUCUGCCUGAGGAUGUACUUUUUCAUGUUCUGAAAGGCCUUCCUGCUGAUCAGAGCUGUGCACUCACAUCUUAAAUACCUUGUGGAUAAUCACGCUAGUGUUUGGGCAUGUGCAAGUUUCCAAGAAAUAUGGCCCUCUCCAAACAAUCUGAAGAUGUUUGAAAGGGCUGCUGAAAGGGGUAACUUUGAAGCUGCUGUGAAGCUGGGGAUAGCGUACCUGUACAAUGAAGGCUUGUCCAUCUCCGACGAGGGUCGUGCAGAAGUGAAUGGAUUAAAGGCAUCUCAUUUCUUCAGUCUGGCGGAGCGUUUGAAUGUGUGUGCAGCCCCAUUUAUCUGGCUUUUUAUCCGUCCUCCCUGGUCCUUGAGUGGAAGCUGUUGUAAAGCUGUGGUCUAUGAGAGUCUCAAAGCAGAGUGUCAGUUGGAGAAAGCUCAAAAAGGAUCUAUUCUCCACUGCUUGGCUAAGGUCUUGAGUCUCUUUGAGGAUGAAGAAAAACGAAAAGAAUCCCUUGAAAUGCUUGAAGAAUCUUCAAAGCAGGGUUGUUUAAACAGCUCCUACCUCCUUUGGGAAAGUAACAGAAAGGCUGCUAUGUCAGAUCCUGGCAGAUACCUCCAAAGUCUCAGGAAGCUACGGGACUACGCAGCAAAAGGCUGCUGGGAAGCACAGAUAGCUUUAGCCAAAGCUUGUGGGAAUGGAAACCAGCUGGGGUUAGAAGCAAAAUCUUCCAGUGAAAUGGUGUCUCAAAUCUUUCAAGCUUCCCUUCCUAUCAGCAAGCAAAGUAUCUUCACUGUACAGAAAGGAAUGAAUGAAACAAUGAGGUACAUCCUGAUUGAUUGGCUGGUAGAAGUGGCUACCAUGAAAGACUUCUCUAGCCUAUGCCUUCACAUGACAGUGGGAUGUGUGGAUCGUUAUUUGAAGCUGAGACCCGUACCUCGGGCUCGACUACAACUUUUGGGAAUAGCCUGCAUGGUCAUUUGCACACGUUUCAUCAGCAAAGAGAUCUUGACAAUACGGGAAGCUGUGUGGCUAACAGACAACACAUACAAAUAUGAAGACUUGGUCAGAAUGAUGGGUGAGAUCAUUUCUGCCCUAGAAGGAAAGAUAAGGAUACCCACCAUUGUGGACUACAAAGAAGUGUUGUCAAAUGUAGUCUCACUGGAGAGAAGAACUCUUCACCUUUACAGCUUCAUUUGUGAACUGUCACUCUUAAACACAAGCCUUUGCGUGUAUUCCCCAGCUCGGCUGGCUGCUGCAGCACUGCUGCUGGCCAGGAUACUACACAAGCAAGCGCACCCCUGGACCAGCCAGCUGUCUGAGUGCACUGGUUUCUCUCUUGAAGACCUGUUGCCCUGUGUGCUAAGCCUCCACCAAAAGUG